AUGAUACAUUUGAGAUUAAAAGAUACAUACCAGAUACUUGGAUGCAUUCUCAACUUCAAUAGAGUAAUCUAAUUCACCAGCUAGGCUCUUCCCAAAUUCAUUAGCAUAGAAGAAAAUGUGGCUUAUUGUUAACUUAUGCAUGAAUUGCAUUUAUUUAUUAACUUCAUCUAAAUUUUGUGCAUCAUAUUUUAUAUAGUAUAUGUGUUAAUAGAUUUUUAGUUAUUUUUCGGUAUGUGUCAAAAACUUACGCUUUUACGUUUUGAUUCAACGCUUUACGAUUUUAGGUAGAAUCACGCUUUUGACUGCAUUGGUUACCAGCUGCCGAAAAAAUCCUCAUUGUUGACAGAGAAUUACCUCAAUUGCAGUUAGCUCAGGUGGUUUGCAGACGAGUCUGAUUUGCCUGCAAAAUCGGCUCCAACGAUUGUGGUUUGCCGGCAAGGUUGGCUCCGACGGUGGUGGUCUGCUGGUGGUGGAAUGAGGGUUUGUAUUGGUGUGAAACCACCCCAAGUUAAAAUAGAAUAUAUGAAACGAAUAAGGAUAGAAAUGACAAUUUCACUAAAAACAUGGACGACAAAUAAUAAAGGCUUGAAAGAUAAAUAACAACCCUCUAAUCUUAUCUCUCAACAUCUUGAUCAAGCUUGUCCCCAAUCAUUUUGAUAAAUUAGCUCUUUGUGAAAGAAAAAAAAAAAAAAAAACUAAAUGUCCACUACAUUUUAUUCUUGCAAAUUGCUACAGCUAGUUCUCCAAAUUAAAAUGUGUUCCUUUUUGCUAGUUGCGGAACUUGCUGUUCUUAAUUUUCAGGGAUUUUUUCAGAAUAGCACUGUUUAAUUUUUUUCUUCCAAAAAUAGCACCUAAGUCUGAAAAAUUCUAAAAAUAGCACCCUUUCCCAAAAACCGUCACCCGGACCAGCGGUUUAGGCGAAAACCGCCACCCGGUGGCGCGUUUUUCGAUGAAAACCGCACUGGUAGGGGGCGGUUUUGCAAACCGCACACCCACCAUGCGGUUUGAUUGCAGACCACACCCCCACUAUGAGGUCUGUUUUUUUUUUUUGAAAAAUCCUAACCUAGGUGGAAACUUCAAACGAACAUAUCUUUGUGUUCGGGUAUCCGAUCGCCGCGAUUUUUUUUUGGUUCUGCAUAACUUUUUGAGAUCUUGCAAGCCGAAGACUGCUGAAGGUGGUUUGGUCUCACCUUCGUCCCAAAAACGCUGGUACGGGUGGCGGUUUUCAUCAAAAAACACGCCCCCCGGGUGAUGGUUUUGGUCUAAACCGCUGCUACGGGUGGCGGUUUUUGGAAAAUGGUGCUAUUUUUGGAAUUUUUCGAAGUUGGAUGCUAUUUUUGAUUUUUUUUUAAACUGUUAUUUCUGAAAAAAUCCUUAAUUUUCAUUUCGUCAAGUUUCGUUGACUUGAGUGUGGAUCCAGGUUUCGGCACGGCAAUGCAGCAACGAAACCGCCCACCGUUUUCCUCGAGGUUUGAUAGUGAUGAAACGACGCGUUUCAGUUCUGCCAACUGUGUUUCGCGUUUUCUCUUUCGUCGUUUACCGAUAGGGUUUAUCCUCGUUAGAUGAGAAAGAAGAUAAUCGGGGAGAUCGGACUCGCCAGUCAAAAUCACCGCUGCUAGCCGUCGCUCUCCGACGCUUCACCUCGAUUCUUCCCACCACCCGCCGUCGGCUGCCGCCGAGAAAAUCGCUUCUUCGUGAGAAGGUUUUCCCUCUCAGCUAUUGCUGAUCGUCGCCGCCGCAAUCGGAAAGAUGCUUCCGACCGUCUCCGCAUCCGCGUCCUCCUCCUUCGCGCCUCUCAUUCCUUCUCCGUCUCACACUCCUUCCCUCCUCGUUGGCAAAGGCAAUUCGCUCUCCUUCCCUUCUAGUUCCAAAAUCAGUCGAUGGCAGCCGCAUUUCUCUCCCCUCCGCUCCCCUCUCUCAAUGCGGCCGGCGGCGGCGGUUUCCAUUGAGAAGGAGACGAUGGAGGCGGAGCGCCCCGACACAUUUCUCAGAGAAUCGGAGACCGGAGAGGUGAGGGCUCGUUUUGAGAAGAUGAUCAGGGAUGCUCAGGAUAGCGUCUGCCAGGCCCUCGAAGCCGUCGAUAAAGUCGGUAAGUUUAAAGAAGACGUCUGGUCCAGACCAGGCGGCGGCGGAGGCAUUAGCAGGGUCUUGCAGGACGGAGCCGUUUUUGAGAAGGCCGGAGUCAAUGUGUCCGUUGUCUACGGCGUUAUGCCCCCUGAAGCGUAUAGAGCUGCAAGGUCGGCUUCUACCGAUCAGAAACCUGGCCCCAUUCCUUUCUUCGCAGCUGGAAUCAGCUCUGUGUUGCAUCCCAAGAAUCCCUUUGCUCCCACAUUGCAUUUUAACUAUAGAUACUUCGAGACUGAUGCUCCCAAAGAUACUCCUGGAGCCCCUCGGCAAUGGUGGUUUGGUGGUGGGACUGACCUAACCCCAGCUUAUAUCUUCGAGGAUGAUGUGAAGCAUUUCCAUUCGACUCAAAAGAAGGCAUGUGACAAAUUUGAUCCCACAUUUUACCCACGGUUCAAGCAAUGGUGUGAUGAUUAUUUCUACAUCAAGCACCGAGGUGAGAGGCGAGGACUUGGGGGAAUAUUUUUUGAUGAUCUUAAUGACUAUGAUCAAGAGAUGCUUCUUGCUUUUGCAACUGAGUGUGCGAAUUCUGUGAUCCCCGCAUAUGUUCCAAUCGUGGAGAGAAGGAAGGAUAUGCCAUUUACUGAGCAGCAGAAAGCAUGGCAACAGUUGCGUCGUGGCCGCUAUGUAGAAUUCAACUUGGUGUAUGAUAGGGGCACAACUUUCGGCCUGAAGACUGGAGGUCGAAUAGAGAGCAUUCUUGUCUCGUUGCCGCUAUCUGCUCGGUGGGAGUAUGACCAUAAACCAGAAGAAGGAAGUGAAGAGUGGAAACUGUUGGAUGCUUGCAUCAACCCUAAAGAAUGGCUCUAACGUGUAUUUCCAGUAAUUCUACCGUCAUUUUAGUGUAAAUGGAUUACGUCGAGACAUUCUAUCCGUCCUUUUCUUCCUGCUUCUUCAGAAGCAAGCAAUAGAAUUCGAGAUCUUGA